AUGAUGGAGUAUCCCGAUACGAUGGAUCACAUCGAGAUCCCCAUCAUCGAGACGGAAGAAUCCCUUUUUGAAGUGAUGCCAAAGUUAUCCAGCUUCAUUUCUAUGGCCGUUGGGGAUAUCGAAUAUUCCUUCGAGCAGAUGAGAUUCGGUGCCCGAGGCCAUCGCCUGAGGCAGUUAAUCCAUGCACUCGCUCAAGAUAGCCACAACCCAUUCAUCAUAGUCGCUCUGAUGAUUUUGAAAUGGAACUUUAGUAACGCCACCGAUGAUGACUGGGGUUUAAAUGAAAGUCGAGGGGCCGCCUGUGAGUUUGUUGCCUGGCAAUUCCUGUGUCAUCUCAACCAGCGUGAGACGAUUGAAUUCUUGCUCGAGGAAUUACCUCUUCCCCGCCGCAAUUCGACGAAUCUUUUCGAAGUCGAACGUGGAAAUCGAGGAUUCGUCCCUGCAGGUGACCCGGAGACGACACCACUACUCUCGGGAUCCUCAACCCCUAUCAAGUCGACUACACCUGGGAAGCAGCCCCGAGAACGCGAUAGGAAUGGAGAGCCCCACGAAGGCCCACAUGGCCGUCAACCAGAGCGCAUUGAUAUUUUACCAUACUCGCAAUUCUUUGGAUUGAAUGCAUUGGAGAUUGCCACAGUUGCUCAAGCAAAGAUGUUCCUCAGCCAGCGCGUGGUUCAACGCGUUGUCAAUGACAUCUGGAACGGGCGGAUAGUCUUCUGGGAUUCUCUCACAGUGCAUUCGAAGAAGAAGCCCCAGCUCUUUAAUAGGAAAACCGCCGAUCCGUACUCUCGUCUGAGAGUUCCCGUUUAUCGAAAGAUGUUUGAGGCUGCAUUUUUCCUCUCAUUUUUGCUUCUUUACUAUUCGGUGCUUGUGGAACGAAAUCAGACAAGGGUUGGAUUUUUUGAAGCGCUGAUGGAUGUUUGGAUUGCCGCCUUUGCUUACGAUGAACUCAGCGGGCUCGUCGAUGCAGGUGUGUUGUUCUACCAGAUGGACUUCUGGAGCCUCUGGAAUCUUGGCAUCAUCGGGGUAGGCUUUGCUUUCAUCAUAGCCCGAGCCAUCGGGCUAGCCAGGGGUGACAACUACAUUCUGAAUUUCUCAUUUGACAUUCUUUCCCUCGAGGCACUUUUUCUUGUGCCAAGGAUCUGCUCGCUCGUGAGCCUGAAUUCAUACUUCGGCAGCCUAAUUCCCGUACUUAAGGAAAUGAUUUAUGCCGGUGGUGAUGGUCUUGUAUAUCGAUGUGGGCGGAUGGCUACAGGGUUCUUGACGACAUUUACCAUGCUUGCGCGUGACCGUCUGUCACUGAAGGAAAUGUCAGAGAUGUUGGUGAAAGUUUUCUUUGGAUCGGGUUCACUUGGACUAGACAGCGCGUUUGAAAUCUCCCCGAUCUUCGGCUAUGGCUUGAUGUUGAUUUUCGUUUCGAUGACCAACAUCUUGCUUCUCUCCUCACUGAUUAGCUUGAUGAGCAUGAGUCUUGAAGGGGUGAUGCUGCAUGCCAGAGAGGAAUACCUUUUCCAACUAUCCAUCUAUGUGUUGGAAAGCAGUAAUUCCCGACGUUUGACGUAUUUCAUGCCGCCCCUGAAUCUUAUCCCGCUGCUCUGUAUUCGCCCCAUGAGGUUGCUUUUGUCUGCGGAGGUGGUUCGCCGGGUUCGCAUCGUUCUCUCCCGAGCAACCCAUCUGCCAUUUGUGAUGCUUAUCUGGAUGUACGAGUCAAGUCGUCGACAUCUCUCAUCGCCAUCAACCGGUCGGUUGCCGCCGACAUCGUCACAAGAACAUGGUACUUCUGUUGUCGAGCCCAGUGUGUCUAAAUGCCUGGACCCACUGCACCCUUCUGUAGUCGAAACAUGUCGCCUGGGCCUGGGAAAUGAGCAAAUGCAUGUGGAUCGACACGACAGGCAGGAACCAAACCCCGCGCGGCCCGGACAGGCACAGGCACAGGCACAGGCACAGGCACAGGCACAGGCACAGACAGAUCAGAUCACGGAGAUGAUCGCAUCCAUAGAACGGCUUCGAGUUCAAGUGGAGCGCGCCACAGCAAAGUUAGAAGCGCAGCAGAGCAAGAAUUAG